AUGAAUGCCUUGCUACAACUCACAACGCGCACGACCAAGCCCGACGUUGCAGCUGUUGUAAUCCAUGCCAUUGCCAAGGUUUUUGCGUCACUGACGGGAAGCGAAUCAGAACCGUGGGCGGCGGAGAGGAAGUCAAGGACGUCGUUACUCUUGGCUCGCAUAUUACACUCUAUGGAGCCUCUCACGUUGAACCCCAACCUCGAGGUCCAGGAACGUGCCGUCGAAUUUACAGAACUGCUAAAACUCACAGCUGAGGCGGCGUCGGGCCAACCCGCUUCUACAGAUGAAGAGUCACAAGAUCCUCCCCUUCUACUGACGCAAGCUAUCCCUUCACUAUUCAAUGGUGGCGAGCUGAACUCGGUCGCAGCUGGUGCCCAGUUCAAUGUACCUGUUCCUGACGGACUUAAUCUGGAUGAGCCAAUUCACUCCAAUCUUAACCAUCUCUUGGCCAAGGCCGACGUCGUCACACUCGAUACGGAUGACUCGGAUGAAUUUGAAGUUUAUUACCAUCAGAAACCAGCACCCACGAGCGUUUCAUCCUCUGCUCCAGCCAUCACUCUUCUCGCGGAACCAGAGGAGAACAUUGGUGCAUCUUACCAACAACCUUCAGAAGAUAGCUAUCUGGAUGCCGACAUUAUCGCGCGGCGGAAAGCGGACAGAGUAGAGAGAAACAAGGACGAUCCGUUCUACAUUGGCGGUGAUAAUGCACCGCAGACCUCCACUUCCAUUCAUAAUAUUCUUCAAAACAGCAACGGACCGGAUCUGGACAUCGACGCGAUCCCUGUGAUGGAGCUUGACCUCGACAAGCUAAAUGCACCUGCGUCUACAAAAGCCCAGCGAUUGCCAGCGAAACCACGACAGCGAGUCGUGAUUGCCGCAGACGAGACACUGCAAGGCGGCGACAACUCGCCCAGAAACUACGACUCAGAAAACAACUCUGACUCCAUGGCCGCCAAGAGCAAAGCAAGGAAACUCAAGCAGUCACUUCUGCAGGUAGACUCGAGCACCAUUGGCUCCUUCAGCCUCGAGGGCGAACCAAAGGGCGGCUUCGACCACGAGCAGCAGCAGCGUGAGGAGGCAGAGAUGCAGCAGGCGAUGCAAGAGGUGGAGCGUCUGCGUCUAGAGAUGCAGCGCGCCAACGAGCGCAUCCAGGUCGCGCAGGGUGUCGACGUUGAGGGCACCGUCAUCAAGAAAAAGAAGAAGAAGAAGAAGGCGGACGAAGAAGCGGCGCCCGGCGUAGAGACCAUGGUGAAGAAGAAGAAAAAGGUCAAGAAGGCAGUGCCGGAGGAGGCAGUGGGAGAACCAGGCGCUGGUGAUGCUGCGGUGGGUGUGAUUGCGCCCAAGAAGAGGAAGAAGCAGAAGCAACCUGCUGCUGCUGCGCCCGUGGAAGCAGAAAUUGGCGAUGCCUAA